CUCCGUUCGAAAACACAACAGAGACAAUGGUCAAGUCCGUCGUCGAGUGCUCUCCCGACCUCACCUGGGCGCUGGUCGCGAAGAACAACGUGUUCAUCCGCCGCUCCAGGUCCGCGACCAGGCAGAAGUGCUUCCGCUCCUUCUCCGCGGAGCCCACCAACCUCACCUCCGAGCACAAGUUCAAGUAUUCCGGCAUCGCCGCGUCCACCCCCGUCGGCGUGAACGCGUUCAAGUACCCCGCGGACUACUCCAAGAAGAAGAACCCCACCGCCGUCGCCGUCACCGUGGGCGACAAGACCUCCAAGGUUGCGGGCAUCUUCCAGCAGCAGGCCAAGGCUGUCGCGGGCGCCGUCGCCGCGGCUCGCCCCGACCUCACCGUGCCCGCCCUCGCCAAGCUCUCCUCCGUGCAGAGGGGCCUCCGCGUCGCGGCCAAGGCGCAGUAAGUGUCGAGUCUAGCGGGUGGAAAUGAGAGGCUCAAGGUGGGUGGGUGUGGCGCCGGGCGAGCGAAUGCAGGCCCAAACUUAGCGAAGCUUUUGCUGUGAGAAGAGGAAAGCUGAACCG